CGAUUUGUUUUAAUCUUGCGAGUUAAACGCAUAACAUCUCUCCUCCCCCGUCCAAAGGCCAAUAUUCUGCGUGAGGGCGAAUCCCUAGCUCAUAUUGCUAUCCACUUCUACCCGGAAACCCGCUCUAAGAAUGGCCGAAUUCCAUUGCAUUGAAAAACCUAUUGCUUAAUGCUCAUUAAUAUACCUAUUGUUGAAUGAGUCGUUAAGAACUAAAUAAAAAGUAUAAAAUAAAAAAUAUUGCAAGAAACAAUUAUAUUUUUUUAUGUUUAUACUAGAGGACACUACAGCUUCAUCCGCGUAAAACGAAAUUAUUUCCCAUUCUCGUAAAUUCCCGUUCCCGUGAGAAUUUCGGGAAAUCCUCUUAGUUCACCCCUAGGCGAUGGGCUAGCAACCUGUCACGGUGUGUUCCCAUUCAGUCACACCUCGAUCUGUAACACUUACUCAAUGGGAAAAAAAAUCCCGUUCUGUAGUAGUGGUACACAUUGCAACUAUCGUUUUCCCAAUGAGUAACACUGUUACAUAAUGGCACUUUGUAAUCCCGAUCAGUAAUCCUGGUUAAGAAUAUUUUUUUAUAAAAGCAUUUCUAAUGUUUAUUUAAUUGGUUUUUAAUAAAACGAAUAAGAUAUGUAACGAAUUAGUGUAGAAAAUACAUAUAUUGUUGUCUUUGAUCUUAUAUCUUUUUGGCCAUCCAGUUCCAUGAAAACUAUUGUUUUAAUUGUGCUUUGAAAUACGCCGCAAGUGAGCUGGCGCAGGGUUCAAGUAAUUCAGGUAAGUAAAUGAUGUCACUUAAUAAACAAUGAAAAACAUUAGCCAAUGGCGGCGGAAAUGCCACCAAAAAUAAUCAAAAAAUAAAUAUAUGUAUUUUAUACACUAAUUCCUUACAUGUCUUAUUCUUUUUCAAUUAAGAACUAAUUAAACAAACAUUAGAAAUACUUUUAUAAAAAAUAUUCUUAACCAGUGUUACUAAUCGGGAAUACAAAGUGCCAUUGUGUAACAGUGUUACUCAGUGGGAAAACGAUAGUUGCAAUGUGUACCACUGCUACACAACGGGAUUUUUUUUUCCAUUGAGUAACAGUGUUACAGAUCGAGGUGUGACUGAAUGGGAAGAAACCCCUGUCACUAUUUGAAUCUCAAUUCUAUCAUUAAGCUAAAUUGCUGAACGUGGCCAUUCAGUCUUUUCAAGACUGUAGGCUCUGUCUACCCCGCAAGGGAUAUAGACGUGACCAUAUGUAUGUAUGUAGUUUGGUUAUUCUUUGUUUUAAGUACUAAUAAUUUAAUUAUUAUCAUCCAAGUGUGUUCCUAUUAGGUAAUAAUCGUUAUUUUUAUUUACCCGUUCAAAUGCAUUUUUCUAUGGGAGGUCGAAUAUUAGGUACCUAAUAUGUACCUACUUGUAUAUGUUUCGUCAUGAAACACUAUCUGUUGCCAGUGUUUUGUUAUUCCAAUAUCUCGCUAUGUUACUACAAAGUUCCAUUAAAAUCGGUACCUACAGUAGUUUUUGUGUAAAAAAGUAACAAACUUUUGCAUAAUACUUACCUAUUAGCAGGAAGUACUUUGAAUGUUUUUUAUAAAAGUUAUAAGCACAGAAACUAUUUAAAAAUUACAAGCACUGCAGUAGUGGGUAAAUACCCAUUUAUAUUACUCACCUGGGUACGGACUUGUAUACUUUGUACUUUUAUGAUAUAAUGUAAUAAGAUACCUAUAGCGUUUUAGUUCUAAAAGCUUCAGUUGUUUUUCUUUCAAUGUAACCAAUCCUGGAAAGCUGACUUCGCUAUUGGAGGACAACCGGUGCAGGGCGGUCCGUCACAGAUUUGAUGCUGCGGCGUAUCUGCUGAAGGAAUCUCGAUAUUCGCCUUUAUGCAACUGUAAUAAAGUUAAAAGUAUCGCUAUAAUGUUGAGAUGUGAGGGAGCUUUUGUUACGCCUACUAUUUUACGCUUCAGAUAAGAGCUUUCAUGAUGAUAUUAGUUUCAGGGCGGAGAUCCGUGGGCGUUGUCACAGAUACAGUGAAUUUUUAGUGUUAUUCUGUCAGUAAAUAUUUAAACUGGUAGUAAGGUAAUUAACCUCAGAACAGUUAAUAAAUAAAAAUACUAUAAGUAUUAAAUAAUAGUGGAGCGACAAGUGUGGCUAUGUGCCAAUAAUUCGAAGGAAGUGCAAGAUAUCAGAAGUGUGUCUGCAAAAUGAACAGCGGUCGAGCGCGAGUGCCGAAAUGCGCGCGAUGUCGCAACCACGGGCUUAUCUCCAGUCUGAGAGGCCACAAGAAAGCCUGCGCCUACAGGCUCUGUCAAUGCCCCAAAUGCGGCCUCAUCAAAGAACGACAGCGAAUCAUGGCAGCUCAGGUGGCCCUAAAAAGGCAACAAGCAGCCGAGGAUAAGAUAGCACUGCACCUGGCAUCAGUGGAGACCGGGACUGCCCUGGACGCGCUGCCUCCCGGACGAAUCUUCGGGAUGCGCGUCACGAGACCCUGCCCCAGUCCCGGCCCAGAGCCGGAUUCAAAUGCCGAACAGACUCCUAUACACAUCGACAGCGAAACUAGCGAUUCUUUGCCUGACUGCUGUGCCGCUUCUCCAGAUUCAGCUGGCAGCACCAGCGCUGCAUUGUCACGACCCGGUGGUAGUGAAGAUGGUCCAGAUCCCGAGGGAGCCGUGACUACCGCCGGACUAGAGAUGCUGAGGAAGUUGUUUCCGGGGAAGAAACGGUCUGUUCUGGAGCUGGUGCUGCGGCGGUGCAACCACGAUUUGUUGCGAGCUGUCGAACAUUUCAAUGCUACCCAAAUUCAGCGCGACAAACUCCCCAUACCCGCAACAAGCGUGAGUUUGGACGCUUCUGUCUCCAGCUCUGAAGAAGUGGAAACCCGAUGGUCUGCAUUCAGACCAGUCGGCCCCCGCGCUCCCCUGCUCCCCGCCCUCGUCAUGGGUCGAGUCUGCGGCUCCGAAUGGCUAGUUCCACUACCUGCCCUGCCUGCUCUGUCUACCCCGCUACUGCUCCCGUUUCAGCACCCCCACCCAACAGCACCAUGUAAUCCCUGCACGCCUGAUUGUAGACAGUGCAAUUCGCAUCAUUAAUCUAUAAAAACUAUGUCUUGUAUAUUAUGAAAAUUUCUAGGUUAAGAAGACAGAAAUUUGAUUCUGGUUCUAAGCUUUCAAAUAAAUGAGUAAAUUAUUGAAAAUUAGUAUAAGUACUUUUAAUUCAAUUAAUAUCGGUAAAUUACGUCGGAUAUCAUCUAAAUCAAUCAAUUCUUAUUUAUUGUUCGUUGUAUUAAACUAUUGUAGUUAUAGUUUAAGUUAAAUCAUACUUAACACAUCACCCAUUAAGUAGUUAUUAAUUUACAGAACAGUACAGUAUCUACCUAAAUAAAAUAAUAUUAAAAUAU